AUGCCUCCAGGCACCCAACCAUCUAUCAAGAGGGUUGAAUCCCCGUCGAAGCAACCGACACUUCCACAACGGCCAAUGGACCAGAAAGGCGACCCGAUGGACAUCGACCCAGUGCCCCCUCAAGACCCUCGAACUCCAUCGCGACCAUCCUCUCGAGCCGCAACUCAGCCCAAGAUUACAAUCAAGGCUGGCCAGCCACAGCAAGCGCCGCAACAGAAACCUACAACGCGUUCGGCUCCCGACUCCAUGAAAGGGAAGCAACCAAUCAACACCACUGAAGAUCUCCAACGACUUCAAGACAACAAUGCCGAGUUGAACAAGAAAGUCCAGGACCUCGAGCGCCAACUAGACGAGCAGCGCGCGCUUACCGCAGAGUUCCUAGACGAACGAGACAAAGCCGCAGCGCAGGCCGAGGAGAACAGGAAACUAUGGAAACAAACAGCCCGCGAACUCCGCAAGACAAAGCAAACACCCAGCCACCACCAGGUCACCGACAGCCAACUGACUGGUCUCAUCCAGCAGCUGCGCUACAGCAUCCGCGACUUCGCUGUCCAAUACUUCACCGGGAUCCCUCGAAGCCAGCUCAGCAGAGAUGCACGGGACGCCUGGGAAUCAUGCAUGGUUCCUACGACCCCAGGCACAACCGCAUACCACGACUACAUCAGGUCCCCAAGCCGCUGCGCCAGUAUCAUCCAAGCAAUGCUGUGGCGCCUCCUGGACCGCCGCGUCUUUGGCAGUUUCGUAUGGGCAGGCAAAGCCGGCGAAGCCCUUUGCGACUUGCGGUACUACCUGAAAUACUCCUCCCGCCACGAUCCCACACCGGACCUGGAGCUAGAACGCAAAUACCAACUCUGGUCCGCCGAAGCCUCAGCCCUAAUCCUGCAAAUGUGCGAUUUCGCCGAAGGCUCGCAGGAGUACAAGCGCAUCCAGAGCACACGUAAGGAGAUCCGCGAAGAGUUCUGGUCCAUCGCAGCCCAGUACCUCUCCACACGAGGCCAGGCGCCAGGCCAGGAUUUCCGGCGAAUCCUCGACAAUGCGAUGAUGCUCGACAGGGAAAUUCAUCGGCAGGCUGCCCGUGUCACAUGGGAAUUUCCGCCCGAGGACGCACUUCUGCGGUUUAAUCCAAAGUUCAUGGAAGCGGAGAAGGGGCAGCAGAGGCCCAAGAUUGACCAGCAGGUACUUCUUGUUGUGGCGCCGGGUGUGACGAAGAGGGGGAAAUCGGAUGGGCAGGAUUUCGGAGGUGAAGAGCAGCUCUUGGUACCUAUGGAGGUUUCUUGCUUGCUUCCGAAUGAUGUCCUUGGUUCCGCGAGUUUAAGCUCGCAUAUUUCCUCGUGGCUAAGAUAG